UGAUCACAUGUAAACAGGGAAAUGCCGGUUAUCAGCUCUCCUCUCCUCUCAAGCUGGCAUCGAUGAUCAGUGUGCCCUGAUGAUCAGUGUAGCCCCAAUGCCACAUAUCAGUGCACAUCAAUGCCACAUAUCAGUGCCCAUCUGAGCUGCCUUUCAGUGUCACCCAUCAGUGCCAGUCAGUGCCACCUAUCAAUGCCAAUUAGUGCCUCCUAUCAGUGCUGCCAAUCAGUUCCAGUCAGUGCCGCUUAUCAGUGCGCUUCAGUGCCGCCUAUCAGUGCCAGUCAGUGCCUCCUAUCAGUGCCAGCCAGUGCCGCC